AGCUUCCGUCUACGCCCGUGGUUAUUCACCGCCUUCUCUUCUGCGGCACGAUGUUCUCACAUGGAUCCGAAUACGAGGAAAGGCUCAGGAAGCCUUUCGUGCCACCGACGAUCACACUGAAGGAGAUCCACGAAGCGGUUCCCAAGCACCUGCUCCGUAAGAACCCGUGGCUAUCUGCGUACUACUGCGUCCGCGACAUCGUGUGCUGUGUCGCAAUUUUCUACGUCGGCUUCCACAUCGAGGACAUUUUGAAGAGCGACUUCGGCGGCUUGGUCCCCUUGACGGCGCUAUGGCAGGUCUACCUCGCGAGGACGGGGCUCUGGCUCCUUUACUGGUGGUUCCAGGGACUGUCCUUUGCUAGCUUCUUCUGCAUAGCACAUGAGCUGGGUCACCAAACGAUGUUCAACAACCGUUAUGUUAACGAUACGCUCGGAUACUUCUUCCACGCAUUCAUCCUUGCACCAUUCUUCGCGUGGAAGGCCAGUCACAAUGCGCACCAUCGCACAGUCGCGUCCAUCGAGCGCGAUGAGAACUAUGUUCCGUAUGAGCGCAGCUACUACAACCUCCCGCCCAGGGAGAAAGCGACGACCGCAGACUACCUCGAGGUGCUCGACGAGACGCCCAUUCUCACCCUCGGUCGCCUGCUCGUCAUGCAGGGAGUAGGAUGGUGGCUAUACAUCUCGACAAAUGCGAUGGGUUCCAAAAGGUACCCCAAGGGCACUAACCACUUCUCGCCCUACUCACCCCUCUUCCGACCGGAUCAACGUUUGGGCAUCUUCCUGUCUGAUGUUGGCAUUAUUGGCAUGCUGUCCAUCUUGUACUACUGUGGAACGAUCUACGGCGGUAAAGCGGUGUUCAUGUACUACUUCGUUCCCUAUGUGCUAUGCAAUCACUGGUAUGUCAUGCUCACCUACCUGCACCAUUCCGAUCCUACGAUUCCCCAUUACCGUAAGGAGGAAUGGUCGUGGGUGCGCGGCGCGGCGGCCACGGUCGAUCGCCCGCUCUUGGGUUGGGCUGGCCGUUUCUUCCUCCACAACGUGUCUCAUGACCACGUGGCUCAUCACUUUUUCUCAUACGCGCCCUUCUACAACCAACCGGAGAUCACAAAGUGUGUACGAUCGGUGCUCAAGGAGCACUACAACUACGAUUCAACGAACACGUUCUUCGCGCUCUACCGCUCGUUCACGGAGUGCGUGUUCAUCGAAGAGGAUGGUGCGAUUGUAUUCUACAAGAACAAGCACGGCCACUCGCAGCGUGAUGUCGCGGAGAUGAAGCUGAAGGAGAUCGAUGCGACCUGGAAUGCGGAGGAGCAGGACAACGGCGUGCAGGUCAUCGAGUGAGAUGCCUACGCCCGUGUAUUUGAUGAUGAUGUAGCGUUUUCCCUUGCUUCAUCCGUUGUUGUGCUUGUUGUGCUCGUAUACCGUUGUAAACCUUUCCUGUUAUAGCUAGUCCUUGUAGAACAAUCUUCCUCGUCUGACGUGUCUGUUCCCAGUCUACUCGUGUUUCUCUUCGCUCGAAAGAGGCCGAUUAGUGUGCCCUCUUAGAGUCAGAGAUUGCAUAGGCACCUGACGAUCCUAACGAAUACACUGGUCUGCGAUUCAAAAUGCUGUCA